AUGGCCGACUCCGCGAUGACGGGGGGCAAUGCUCCCGUCGCCGAGGAUAACAUCAUCAACCGGCGUGGCGGGGAAUCUAUCUAUCAGAGCUGCGUUAACCUCAAGCGACGCCUUUCCGAGCUGCCUAAUUUUGAACCCUACUUGCUGGAGAUGGCUGAGAAGGAUCGCGAAAGAGGAAACACAGACCCCGUCGCUUCUUUGUGGAAUUGCCUACGGGAGGGCUACCCGCUACUUAAUAUCUACAAUGCGUCCGAACCGGCCGAGGAGUUGUAUAUCGAUCCUACCAGGGUUGCCGAAGCAAAGCGCCCGAAAGCAGCGACUUUCAAGUUUUUGCAGGCCUGCUUGCAAGAAUUAGCGUUCCCCCAGCAGGAUUGCUUCUUGAUCACCGACUUGUACGGCGAGAGCACAACAGGAUUCAUCAAAGUGAUCAAGAUGGUCAAUCGUCUCAUGGAUAUUCUCGAGCUUAAUGGAAAUCUAAGACAGCCCUCCGGCGCCGCAACCGCAGCCACAGGCGUACAGGGCGCUGUGAAGCUCACCAAGCGAGAGCACAUCUUGAAGGAGUUGCUAGAAACAGAACGUGAUUAUGUCCACCAUCUGCAAAACCUCCAGGCGCUUAAGAAGGAGUUGGAAGAAACCGGGGCUUUGACUGGUGAUGCCAGUCAUCAGAUUUUCCUGAACUUGAAUAAUUUGCUGGAUUUCGCGCAGCGAUUCCUCAUCCGGAUGGAACAACAUUACGCUCAGCCGGAGGAAAUGCAGAACUGGGGCCGGCUCUUUUACUCGCACGAAGAUGCUUUCCGACAAUAUGAACCCUUUAUCGCAAAUCAGAUGCGUUGCGACGAGGCUUGCAUGAAAGAUUGGGACAAGAUUCAGAUGGCUCCGCGGUCAGCGGACUUGCAGCAGAUGGUCGCCCAGCCGAAAACGCUUAACGGGUUCUUUGUCAAGCCUUUCCAGCGACUAACCAGAUAUCCCCUCUUACUGGCUGAAUUGCGCAAGCAACUAGAAAGCGAUGAACUCAAGGGCGACAUAACAAGGGCAAUCGACACAAUCCAAACCGUACUCGAUGGCGCAAAUGAAGCGAUCAACAAGGAACAUUUGGCUGCAGCUGUAGUAGACCUCGCUGAGCGAGUCGAUGAUUGGAAAGCUCUAAAAAUGGACUCGUUCGGAGAGUUGCUCCGAUAUGGUACUUUUGCGGUUGUUAAAGGUGACACUGGCAAGGAUAACGAGAGAGAGUACCAUAUCUACUUGUUCGAGCGCAUCCUUCUGUGCUGCAAAGAUAUCAACCCGAAUAAGCAGAAGACGAAACUCAUGAUGGGCAAAGACAAACCAGCCCUCACGGCCAAAGGGAAGCCUCGCCUUCAACUGAAAGGUCGCAUUUACAUGGCCAACGUAACGGAUAUUGUUUGUCUGCAGAAGCCUGGUCUCUACCGUAUCCAGAUCUUCUGGAAGGGCGAUCCCGGUGUGGUAGACAAUUUCAUCAUUCGCUACGUGAACGAGGAUACCAUGCGAACCUGGUAUAAGGAUAUCGACACUCAACGGCUGAUCCAGUCGGAGCGCCGCACAAUUCGGCAUACCGGGACUUCUGACAGCGAGUUUACUUACAUGGAGGGUAUGGCGUCAAUGCCAAACCCAUACCAGCAGGAGUAUGAUGCCGAUGAUCCUUUCUACUCCGAAUUCACCAUGAGUCGCAAUGCAUCCAGCACUAGUCUCAGGACUCGCUCUGCCACCGGCGGUAGCACGGGCUCGGUUCCUCACGCCAACGGUCGGUCUCGCUACAACGCCAACGAUCCCGCGCUUUCUGUGCACACCCAGUUCCCCGGCUCCGCAGGCAUGUCACCCGGUGAAAGGAACAUGAAUUCCUAUUUCUCACCUAUGGAAACUCCAUCGACGCGGUCAAGCUCACAAUCCGGUUUCUCAUUUGGUCGCCAGAACACGAACUCCACGACUGCCUCUACUGUCUGGACUGAAGAGAAUAAUAAUCGGUACACUGCGCCAGCAAUGUCCCGGGUUGCCUCCAAGGAUGGGCCCCCUUCAGGGUGGGCCCAGCCCAAUGGACGCGCUGCUCAACGCCCGUCCUUGCCUCCCAUGCCGGGGCCCCAGGGUUCGACUUCCAACGGGGCCGCCCAAAGGAUGCGCUCUGCGAGCAGCCCCGAUAUUCACCACCACAAUUCGGCGCCUCCGGAAUCCCGUCGCUACAUGGGCGUUCAUACAAUGCAAACUGUUGAUAAUGUUCCCGUGCCCCCUAUCCCCGCGCACAUGGCCAAUAUGAAGGCCCCCGUGAACCGGAGCCAAAACAACUCCCCCACCAAUAGCCAACUUCCGAUGCGCUCCAACCCUCACCAUCCCUCGCACUUCACCGAACCCGAAUAUAUGGAUCAGCGGACUUCGGGCCAGCAACGCAUGUCCGGUCAAUUAUCCGAUCACGCUACCUCCCCCUUAAGUCAACAGCCCGAGCAUGAUCCAUUCAUGCCCACCCAGCUCAAGGCCAAGGUCAACUUCGACGAUAAUUACGUCACCUUGGUUAUCGCGACCAACAUCCUCUUCCGCUCUUUGAUUGAUCGUGUAGAUGCCAAGCUGGCUCGUUUCACGAAUCGGUCGAUCGGGGGCAAGACCGUGCGGCUACGUUACAUGGACGAGGAUGGAGACUUUGUUACAAUCGACAGCGACGAAGCAGUGCAGCUAGCAUUCAUGGAAUGGCGAGAGCAACAUCGGGACGAACUGGAAAGGGGCCUGGUUGGCGAAAUCCAACUUUUCUGUCAAUCCAUCGACUAG